CCGAAACAGAGGAGAUGAAGGCUGUUCAGGUGCUGUUCCGUUCCAGCUUUUCUGGAGACCAGAAGCUCCUUGAUCUUAUAAUGACUAUAAUACAGUCAUGGAUCAUCUCAUGAGCCACCUGAUCAAUAUCUGAAGUGGAGAAAUCGAUGCUGACUCUUUCUGAGCAACACCUUUCGGGACAUACUGUGGGAUUAACCGCUGGGCUGUGGAACUUCAUAUCUGAAAAUGUCUGAUCACGAGGACCUGAAUAAAGCCAUGGGACACUGGAACGCCUCAGAGAGCUACCAGCUCAACCCAGCCAGUGUCAUUGUAUCGGUGGUCUUCUCACUCAUCUUCCUCUUGGGGACCAUCGGGAACAGUCUGGUCCUGGCUGUGCUCCUCAGAAGUGGGCAGGUUGGGUACAACACCACCAAUCUGUUCAUCCUCAACCUCAGUGUAGCCGAUUUCUUCUUCAUCAUCUUCUGCGUGCCUUUCCAAGCAACCAUCUACUCCCUGGAGGGUUGGGUUUUCGGGUCCUUCAUGUGCAAGGUGGUUCACUUCUUCAUCAACCUCACCAUGUACGCUAGCAGUUUCACACUGGCUGCGGUGUCUGUGGACAGGUACCUUGCCAUUCGUUACCCGUUGCGCUCCCGAGAAUUGAGAACGCCAUGUAAUGCUGUAGUAGCAAUGGUGGUCAUCUGGGGAAUGUCGCUGGUUUUCGCUGGGCCUUAUCUGAGUUACUACGACCUCAUUGAUUUCGAGAACAGCAAUGUGUGCGUGCCUGGGUGGGAAGAACAUAACCGUAAGGUUCUGGACACAUGCACCUUUGUUUUCGGCUACGUUAUUCCUGUGCUCAUUGUGAGCCUGUCCUACACCCGCACCAUCAAGUACCUCUGGACAGCAGUCGACCCGCUUGAUGGCAUGUCAGAGUCAAAACGAGCCAAGCGCAAGGUCACCAAGAUGAUUAUUAUAGUCACGGUGCUCUUUUGCAUCUGCUGGCUGCCAUACCACGUAGUGAUUUUGUGCUACCUCUACGGAGACUUUCCCUUCAAUCAGACCACCUACGCCUUCAGGCUGCUGUCCCACUGCAUGGCCUACGCCAACUCCUGCCUCAACCCCAUUGUUUACGCCCUGGUGUCCAAACACUUUCGCAAGGGCUUCAAGAAGGUUUUCAGCUGCAUCCUCAGCAAGAAGGGACGGAAUAAGGUGCAUGUGGUCAAUGUGGCCAACACUGUCCCCGGAUUCGAAGCGGGAUCCACUGAAGUGUCUCAAAUGAAUGAAGAGAACGCCAGACAAAAUGAAAGCGAAAUGGUCAAUCGCCCACUCGCGCAGCCACAGGACGCCACAAUGACUAUAACGCUGCCAUUUCAGAAUCAGCCAUGAAAAUAAAGUGCACGGCUAAUGAUGCCUUACAGAAGCCUUAUUAAAAAAAACACUCAAAGUGAGCCGGAGGAUUUCAGCAGCUUUGAUCGACAUCACCAUGGUUCUGCAUUGACUGAAGGAAUCGCUGCGUGAAUUGAAGUUGUAGAUUCAACUGGGUUUUUCGUACCGAUGCAUCCUCUUGUUCUGAUUGGUUAUUUGGGUUCCUCUACAACAUAAUGUCUUCUUUUAUGAGCCUUUAUUUAUUUCAGCGACAUUAUUGUUUGUUUGUUUCCUAUUACCCUCUGAGCAUGUUUCAAUUUAAUGCUGUGAUGACUAUUCUCCUGUGAAAAUUUGUUACCAAUUAUUGUGCGUAACACUUUAAUAUCUGAAGAGCCCAGUGUCUUUAUGUGAGCAAAGCUGUGAUUUCCUACUGUGUGUGAAGCUUUGAAGAGGACUCUUUGAUUAUGCUCCUCAGCUUCGCUUAACAAGCUCUUUAAAAAAUAUGCUUAUGUUAAGUACUAUGUUCUUGCUCUUACCUCUGUUUCCUAGCUCGGAUAUUCUCUGCUGUUUUGAAUGUUUAGACAGUCUUUGAUUGUUGCAUUUUAUAUAAAUAACUAUAUAUUAUUCAACAUCCCUAAAAGCUCAGAAAACCAACAGUUUACUGUGAAUGGUUCUUGUGCUGCCUUAAAGGACUGUUCUGUAUUCAUUACCACUUAAGCUCAGUUGAUAUCUUUGAGGGUAUAAUAUUGAACUUUUCAAAUUCAAAACCAAUUUGUAAAUCAUACAAUGUUAACUAUUUCAAUAGCAGCUUACAUCUGAAAACAAUAUGCAUGUUUAUA